AGGCACCCCCGCAUCCCGGUUUUGCGGAUAUUACACUGGAAAGUUCCCUUCUUGGGGGUCUUUUUAGCGAGGGUCUUGUUUUGCGGACCUCGGGGACGUUUCUUCUUCCCAGCAACGCAGCUUGUCUCUUCAUUUCGCUGACUCUGUCGCUAUCGCUAUUCUCUUGUAAUAAGCAUAAAUGUCUGUGAAUUCUCCCGCAUCUCCACCCGCAGUGCUCACAAUCGCUGGCAGCGACAGUGGUGGCGGCGCUGGUAUCCAGGCCGAUCUGAAGACCUUCAUGGCGCACGCCACCUACGGGCUCUCAGCCGUCGUCGCCCUGACGGCCCAGAACACGCAAUCGGUGCAGUCGGUGUUUGCCGUGCCGCCCUCGAUGAUCUCGGAGCAGCUUGAUGCAGUCUUCUCUGACAUCAGCAUCAAGGCCGCCAAGACUGGCAUGCUGAUGGACUGCGCAACCAUCGAGGCCGUGGUCAAUGCCUGGAAGCGCAAUGCACCCGGAAUCCCCCUGGUCGUGGAUCCAGUCAUGGUGGCGACUUCUGGCGGCCGUCUGCUCAAGGAAGACGCCAUCGAUGCGCUGCGCCAGAAGCUGCUGCCCUUGGCGACAUUGGUGACGCCGAAUCUGCGCGAGGCCGAGGUUCUUCUUGAUAUGCCAGAGCACUCAAUCGAGACCAUUGAGGAGAUGCAGGUGGCGGGCCGCGAGAUUGGCCAGCGGUUUGGAGUCCCCGUGGUGGUGGUCAAGGGCGGGCAUCUGGCGAAUGGGCCGAUUGUGGAUGUGGUAUUUGAGAGCAAGUCGCAGGAGACCACCUGUAUUGAGAACCCGCGCGUUGCAUCCACCAGCACCCACGGCACCGGAUGCACGCUCAGCGCUGCCAUUGCCGCCAAUCUGGCCAAGGACAUGGCGCCCCUGGAUGCCGUCCGAUAUGCCAUCAAAUAUGUUAAUCAGGCGAUCCAGGCCGCCUACCCGGUGGGCCACGGCCACGGCCCAGUCAACCACGCCUAUGCACUGACGUCUUUGGCAAUCCCGCCGCCAACCGUGCAAACCCCCUAUCCAUUCACGGCCUACCUGAAAGCCCACUCCAACGGCUUGUGGGACAAGUACAUCCGCCACGCCUUUGUGCGCCAAGCCGGCACGGGCACGCUGCGCCGUCCGGCCUUCAUUUACUAUCUGAAGCAAGACUACAUCUACCUGAAGCAUUAUGCACGCACCAACGCCCUGGCCGCGUUCAAAAGCGACACGAUGCGGGAGAUCGGCGGCAUGGCCGACAUUGCCCUGGGGUGUGCGCGUGAAAGCGAGCUGCAUGUCAAAAUGUGCAGCGACUGGGGCAUCUCCAGGGAGGAGAUGGAGAACGAGCAGGAAAGCUGGGCCAGCGUCGCUUACACCCGCUAUAUUCUCGACAAGGGCACCUCCAGCGACCUCCUCGAGCUGCUUGUCGCCAUGUAUCCGUGCCUGCUUGGCUACGGCGAGGCCGCUGUGUGCCAGGCAGAGGACCCGGAGACUGUCACGGAGGGCAAUGAGUACUGGCCGUGGAUCAGCAACUACGCCGAUGCGCAUUUCCAGGACGCCGUAAGAAAGGGCAGGCAGCAGAUUGAGGACCUGGUGCAGCAGGAGCAGCCGUCCCAGGCCCGCCUAAACCGCCUGCUCAAGACCUUUGUCGACACGACUGCGCUGGAGAUCAAGUUCUGGGACUCGGCGCUGGAGGUCUGAAUGCAUUUUUUGUUUGUACGAGAUUGCCAACCAGGAUGUGCGCUCGAAAGCAGACAAUAUAGUGCAAGCAUGCACAAAUGUAUGGAUGGGUGCUCUAUUUGGGCUUGGACAAUUCGCGCCUUUGUCCACAAAUGAGAUAAUCGGCUUUUC